AUGGUGUCUUGGAGCGACGGCUCGAGCAGUGAGGACUCCGACGUGCAGAUCAUUUCUUCCUACGACUCCCCUAUUAAGAUCCCACCAACAAUAGAUGACCCGUUGUUCACUGGUGCUGCUGACGAUUUGAGGGUGAUGUGCGAGCAUGGCAAGCCAGGGAAGAAAUGUGUUGCAUUCCAGGGGAUAAGCACUGGGAGGAGGUUCAUUGCUUGUGCCGUAGAAGGAGUUAAUAACUGUGGAUUAGUGCAGUGGGUAGAUGAGGAGUGGCCAGAUCAUCUGCAGAAUGCCCUCCACAAAUUGUGGCUUAUAUAUGAGGAUAGCAUCCAGGCCAAUAAGAUGGAAUGCCUUGAGCAUUCAUUUACUGAGACUUAUGAGAAGCUUGUUGAAGAUGUGAACAACCUCUUGGAUUCCCGGGAUAAUCUGCCACAUGAAACUGAUAUGAAUGUUGCUGACAGCAGCAUGGAAAAGGAUGCUGAGAUCAAAAAAUUGAAGGCAGUUGUUGAUCAGUUGAAGUGCAUUCAUGUUGCUCAAGCCAAUGUCAUUAGGAAUUUGAAGUUCAAUCAUCUGAAAGAGAAGGAAAAGAUGAGCUCUGAUAAGAGGACUUUGGAGUUUAGCUUAGCUUUGGAGUUAAUUGCAGAAAACCACCACAUUUGAGGCAUCGAUUGCAGAAAACCACCUAGUCACUAAUUUUGUGCAAAAAUCACCGCGUUUCUAGUAAACCUUCUGCAAAAUGCACUAAUCAGGUGAUUUAGCCCAUUUAAUCAUUUUCUGACAGGUGGGACCGCACUCUAAGAAGCUGACUUGGCAAAAAAAUGACAUACACAUCCCUGGAUCUAAAAACAAAAAGCAAUCAAGCCCCUGUUCUUGAUCUGAUCCCCUGCUCCCGCUCUGAACGCCUCCCAAUGGUCCGGUAGUGGACGCCGCCGGCCACUUCCUCUCCGGGCUGCCACCAUUGAGAGUCGGGGGAAACAUGGCGUGAGGCCGGGAUGGACGGUGAGCGUGGCCGACGCCACUGCUGCUCGCGCCCGUGCGGCGGGCAUAGCUACUCACGUCCAUCCGGUGUGCCUCCCCGUCACCUAGCCGGCGCCGAUGCAGGUGAGCAGCAAGGGCGGCGGUGGCUUGAGCUCCGGCCGCGGUGAGGCGCCCUCCCUCACCAGUCACCACGCCAACGCGGCCCAAGGAGCGGGGCUUGGGAGGCCGGCUCCGACGCCAGGGAGCGAGGGGGAGGAGGAGGAAACGAGCUCCUUGCGGAAGAACUUGACGCCGAUGAGCUUUUGUGCGUGGAGGCGUUGAACUCCGUGGUCGACACGCAGCCACCGCGGAACCUGCGGGGCCGCGGCCCCGCCGCCUCCCGCACGUCGUCCUGCCGGCCGCCGCCGUCUUCCGUCGCCUCCGGCGACAAGGGCCUCCCCGCCGCCGUGUACCUUCUCCUUCCCUCUUUUCUCUUUCCUAUCUUCUCAACUCUCUCUUUCUCCUUCACAGGGGAGCAAGCACGGCGCCUAUCGGACCCAGCCAUGGCCGCUGCCCCGCCUCCUGACGCCGGCAACUGGCGCGUAGCCGCCCCUCCGUGCACUGCUGGCCCUCGUGGUUGCGGAGAUGGCCGGCUGCUCCGCCCAGCGCGUCGCUCCGCGCGUCCCUGGCCAAGCAGCGCGGCGGAGGCCAGGAACCCGACGCCCAGCGCGUCUCUGCCCGGGCUGUGGGGGCUGAUUGCUUUUGUGUUUUAGAUCAAGAGGUGUGUGUGUAAAUUUUUUGCUCUUACAAUCUGGUCCCACUUGUCAGAAAGUGGUUAAAUGGACAAAUCACCUGAUCAGUGCAAUUUGUAAAAAGUUUACUAGAAACGCGGUGAUUUUUGCAUAAAA